AAUUCCGACUGCUUACUUCCGGUUGAUUCUGACCGGUAUCAUUUGUGUGUGGAAACAUGAUGGAGACAGAUACUCAAGCUGAUGCUGAUGGAAGUAAUUUGCGACAAGUUUCAACAGCAGUGCUGUUAAUUGUCGGAGAGCCUGCUACAGCUGAUCAUAAAAAUUUAAUUCUUGGAGAAAUAACCAAAGGUUUCCGUUGCUGGGACUGUGAAGAUGUUGAUAUCAAUGAUGAGUUGGCCCACAUUGCCAAUGCAGCUGAGCUUGGUGUGGAAGGACCAAAUGACAGUGAAGGAAUAUGUGAACGAGUACUUAACUAUGGUACAGAAAAGAUGGCCUCCAUGAUAGUUGUCAACUCUCAUCUGGAAACAUUGGUGGCAGCACUGAAAAAUUUCUUGACCUUAAGUGCUCCGUAUAAGCACCUAAUAUACGCUGGUCACUUCUUCUCUGGUAAUGGAGCGUGGGUGUUACAGGAUGACACUUUCUCUAUUGCAAGCUUCGCUCAAAUGUGUAAAGAUAAAGAAAUCGAGGAUGCGAUGAAACAACAAAAUGGUGGACAGAUUAAUUUCUACUUCAGCAAAGGAGGUGAAUGGAAAAGUGACAGCUUAAAGAAACUAGAAGUUUUCAAAAACACUGUUGUAAAAGUUAGUUCUGACGAGAAAUCUUUAGAUAAUGUUCAUGGUGUAUUGCAAUUCACUGCCUACAUUGCUAGCUUUAUUAAUGCUAAAACUUCAGAAGAUUUGUUGAGAACAUCUGACGUUGUAGGAAGUAUAAGAUUUAACAAGCCUACCUUAUAUAUCUUCCCUGGAAGUGAAGGAGAUUCAUCAUUGUUUGGAGUUAGCGGCUUUAAUCUUUUGAUAAAUGGUGGAUACAGUAGAAAAGCUUGUUUCUGGGACCUUACCAGACAUCUAGAUCGUAUUGAUGCUUUUCUCAUGACACAUUUAGGCACUGAUAAUGUAUUUGGAAUAAGCACCUUGCUGAAGCGGAAGAGUACAGAAUAUAUUCAUCCAGAAAUAGGUCACAUGUAUUUGAAUGGUUCAGAUAAAGUCAGUCAUUCAGCAGUAGUCAAUGGUCAGGCAGAUAAGGAACCUAGUUUAUGCAUCAAUUUGUCUGAUGAAGGAAGUAGAUUAAUAGAAUAUGCAAAACAACUUGGACAUGUUCCACAACAAUGCACACGUCCAAUGACUUCACAGCCAUUACAACCUAUUAAUUUGUAUCACAAAGUAGGUCACGGAUCAUUGAACAUGUAUGUUUUGAAUCCAGUCUCCGAUAGUAAAGAACUAAAAGACUUUUAUCAACAUUGGAACAAGCACCUGUCUGAACAUGGUUCCCUGCACCAGAUACCAAUUCAGAACCAGUUAUCAGUAUGUACACUUCUUGUAUGGCAACCUGCAGAUCCAAAUGAAAAAAUUACUAGAAUUUUCUUUCCUGGAAAUGCACCCCAGUACAAACUACUAGAAGGAUUAGAAAAAAUGAAGCACUUAGAUAUUUUGAAACAUGCAUCUUGUACAGCAAAAGAUUUGGAAAGUAAACCAACCUCUGCAACAAAAAGGAAUUCCUUGGCUGCACGUCCUGCUCCAAGUAAACCCCCUGUAAAAUCAGCUGAACCAGCCACUGCUAAAAGUUCAAAACCGGUAAGUGAAGUUAGACGAACAUCAGAAUUGAGAGCCUCUUCAGAUAAGAAAACCUCAGAAGUAAAAUCUUCAUUUGAACGCAAAAAGCCUGAACCAAAAAAAGAGGAAAGUAAACCACAACCCUCUAAACCAAGAGUCCCGACAGCAUCCUCUUUAAGGGCAGAUAAAGGUUCAAAAGAGGAUGAGAAUAAGAAGACAGCAAAGAAAGAUGAUAAAGCAAGUAAGCCAACAAAAACAGCUCCAGCUGCCAAAACAGCUACAAAGGCUAAAACUGAAACUAAGGCUAAAAAGGAAUCCCCUACCAAAGCACCAGCAGAAAAACCUGUAGAAAAAGUGGAGGAAGAAGUGAAAGAAAAAGUAGAGGAAAAAGAAGAGAAGAAAGAAGUAGUUGAAGAAGUGCCAAUUGUUGAGGAACCUCCUGUAGCUGUAGUUGAACCAAUGCAGGAAUCAUCAUUACUGGAUCUAUCUCCUAAUGAACCAGUUGUUGAUCUUUCUCCUUCUGAACCAGUUGUUGAUAGUGGAUUAGCAACAGAUACUGGUGUUAGUGAAGUAAAGGAGGCAUCACCAGAGCCACUACCUAAUCCUACUGAUGAGUAUGACCAAUCGAAUACUUCCUCUCCUGAUGACCUUGACUUGAUGGGAAUAGGAGGAGCUGAGAUGGGAAAUAAGAUGAUGGAAAGUUUCCAUGAAGGUUACAAUGGAGGAGAUUUAAUGUCAAACGGAACACCUACUGAGGAACAGGGGCAGAAUUUGAAUAACUUUGGAAUAUAUGAUGACAACGUGGAUGUCCAGCCAGAAGCUCUACCAGAACCUGUUGAAUACCCUGCACAGGAAGCUUUCUCACAACCUGAUAUGAUCCCAGUUAACGAUAGAAAAAGUAAUGAGGAGAAACCUCUGAUAUCUGGAAUGGCACCCAUUGAACCGGAUGUUGUACAAGGUCUUGAACCAGACGUUGAUCUAACAGCAGCCACUACAUCAACUCCACUAGAUGAUAAACCUCCAUUUGAUUUUGAUUCCUCCGAAAAAUCUAUCCCUUCAGCUGAAAGUGAACCACUUCAACCAACAACACAAGACCCAAUGCAGAAGUCAUUGUAUGGUGAUGAUAUACCAGAUCAGGGUUCAGAGGCAUUUGAAUCAUUGACAAAUUCUGAAUCUUUGAUGUCCAGCAAAGCAGCUGACAUUGCAGAACUUGACCAAACAUCAGAAGAUUUGAUGCAAAAAAGUAUGACUACUAGCCAAGAAAUGGAUCACCAUGAAGAAGAUAAUGUUAUGGAGAGGGAAAUACAGGGAGAUAAUCCACCUGAUGUAGUACAAGUACAGGAAAAAUUUGAAGAUGAAGAUAUUGUGGAAUCACAAAAUAAAAUACAAGAGAAUAUUAUUGAAUCGCAAGGUAGGAUGCAGGAAACCAUUGGUGAAGUAGAUGAAGAUGAAAUCUCACCUGACGAGAAUGACAGUCAGGUGGAUGUUAGUGAACGAAACUUAGAUGGCUUGGAAGAUAACAAAGGACAGUUAGACGAAGAAAAGGUCGACGAUGAAUCUCCAUAUGCAUUUGAAAAUAAAGCUUUUACUCAAGGUGCAGAAGUUAACGAGAAAGAAAGUUCUCCAGAGCUGAAAGAGAGUCAGGAGAAAGAUUUUGAUCUCACUGAACCAGAGGUUAAAGGUCAAGAUGAGAUUUGUGAUGAAGGUUCCAUCAGUCCAGAUGAAGGUGUAGUUGAGGACAAAUUUGCUGAAGAAGAGGAGGAUUAUUUAUGUGAUGACGAUAAAGAUUUAGCACAUGGUAAACAAGAUGGAGUUGGUAUUGAGGUUUACGAACAGGAAGAUGAAGAACAACAAGUUAAGGAGUCUUUGGAUGGAACACAUGAACAAUAUAAUGAUUCACUAGAGGUGUCUAACAUUCCUGAAGCCUUUGAAAAGGAUGAAACUCCUGACCCUAAAGAAAUACAGUCAGGAGGUGGUCUUGGGACUCCAGAAACACCAGAAAAAAGACCUUUGGAAUCCAUGGACCCAUAUGAUCCAUUUUGUUCUGGUAGUCCAAAUAUGCCAUCCAUGCAAACAUCAGAUCCAUUUGCACAAUAUGAGGAGCAAAGAAGUUCCUCCGAAUCUCCUUCAGAAGAAGUCAAGCCAGUAAAUGGAUUGGGUUUUGAUCCUUAUGCUCCUCAAUCACAGAGUCCAUUUGGUGAGGCUGCUUUCAAGGAGAAUAUGGAGGCUGAAGAGGUGGAGAAAAAAUUGUCAACUAAUCCUUUUGAUCCAGAAGCAGAAUGGGGAAAACCAAUGGGCCUACCUUCUCCCCCACCCCCAGAUGCAGGUGCUAAGCCACCAGCAGGAAAUGGCAAACCAUCUUCAGCUAAAAAGACUGCCAAGCCAGAUCCAGCUAAAAAUGGUGUGAAAAAAGAUCCUCUAGCUACUAGUAGAGCAAAAGCUAAAUUAGAUACAUCUUCAAAUGGGCCAUCCAGCAAGCUCAAUACAACUAGGACCAGGCCUGCAAGUGCUGCUGAACCAAAGUCUAAGCCUUCCACUUCCCUGGGGAAAAGACCCUCAACAUCUACAGGUUCCAGUAGAGCAAGCCCAGCUGUAAAGACCCCUCCACUUCCACCAUUUACACCAUUCUAUGUAGAUCUGACAUACAUACCAAAUCAUGGAAAUCCAUCAUAUAGCGACAUAGAAUUCUUUAAACGAGUUAGAGCUAGAUAUUAUGUCCUCAGUUCACUUUCACCUAACCCACAAACUCUCACAGCUUUAAUGGAAGCAAAGGAAACUUGGGAUAACAAGAAUUCAGAAGUCACAUUAAUACCAACCUACGAUAAUGAUACUUUACGGCACUGGAUGGGUCUCAAUCGUGAUAAAUUGAGCGAGCUAAAUAUAGAUGUCGGUCCUUCUGCAAGUCGUUGUACAAUUCAUCUUCAAGAUCAUGAAACGAGCUGCUCAGCCUACCGGUUAGAGUUCUAGUUGUGAUAUUAGACACUGUAUAUAAUUUAUUAACAUUUCGACCAAGUUGCAACAAGAAUGUGAGCUUAAUAGUUGUUUCUUGUCCAGGCCACACUUUUGUGAAUUCUGCAUUUGCUGUCAAUGUCGCAGCAGUGUUUUUUUGACAUUUUGCCAGAAAUUAGAAAUAGUGUUCAAGGUGGAAAUGAACCAUAUGUCUAUAUAUUAAAUUCAGCGCACCAGUUUUCACAGGAUUAUCUUAUUGGACUUUUCUUUUCUAAUUAAUAUUUAAAGAACAGGAUAAUGAAUAAGGUUCAUUAAUUUAAGAGAGUAGUUGAACUGUUUACAUUAAUUACCAAUUUUUGAUCAGUUUAUGAAAAGAGAAAUAUAUGGUUACCCUUGGAUCUGUAAGAAAGCAAUCAUUACCAUGUGCAAUAACAUUUUUUAUGCUUUAAUAAUGAACAAUCGUAAAAAUCGUAAUACUGAACAAUCGUAAAAAUCGUUAUACUGAACAAUCGUAAGACUGAAGAUAUGUUUGUGAUAUGGUCUACAAAAUUAUUAGAUAAAGAGAAGAAAAUGUGGCCUUUUGUUAAAUGAUGGUUUUUGUUUUUGAAACAAUCUUGGUUUUUUUAUAAUUUAUUUCUCUCUUUUCAAUGUUAUACAUGUAUUAUAAUUAUUUUUUCUUAUUUGUAAAAUUCCAAUUUGUUCUGAAAUAUAUAAAUUUUCUGCAAAUUUUAUCAAUUUGAUAUCUGUCAGACUCAUAACAGUGCUUUACAUUGAGAAAUAAGGAUGAGAAUUGACAUAAAAAAAAGAGCAACCAAAAUGGAUGUUUUAAAUUCCAUGAUGUCUGACUGUCAUUUUGUUUUUUACAGUUUGCUACAUUCAAUUAAAAUAUCUAGGUGGAUAUUUUUUUUACUAGUAACUCAAAUUUUGUUCCUUAUUGAUUAAGGCAAGGGUUGAACUCUGAACUUACUGAAUAUCUAUUUGAUAAUGCAAGGAUUGAAAAUGUUGAACUCUGAAUUUACUGAACACCUAUUUUAAAAAGCAAGUGUGAAAAAGAUUCAACUCUGAACUUAUUGAGCAUAAAUGUCACAAAGCAAGAGUUGAAAGGGUUUAUUAAUAACAUAUAUUUUAUAUGGCAACAGUUUAAGGUGUUGAACUUAUAAAUUACUGAAGAAACAAGGGUUGAAAAUGUUGAACUCUGAACCCACUGAAGCUAUUGUAUAAAGCUUUUGAUUUUGCUUUAAGUGAAAGCAGAGAUGCUUGUGUUAUAAGAUUUGCUAUAAUGAUAAGGAUGUGGUUGGUUUUUGCAUCAAAUUUAUAACAUAGAUUGUAGAAAUGAAGAAAAAAAAUGUUUGUUUAAUCUCACUGUUAUUUUUUAUAAUUAAUAUAUAUUUAAAUUUUCUUUGUUUAUAACACUUAUCAGUAGACUAAAUCAAUGAAUAAUACUUCUUGUGUGAUAUUUAUAUAUGUGUUGUAGUGUAUAAUUUAGAUACACAUCACAAACAUGUAUUGCCAUAUGUAGUCAGUAUAUUGUCACUGUCAGAUUUUUGCUUUCUUUAAAUACAUGUACUUGAACAAAAAAAGUAAGAUUUCAUUAUUAAAGCUAUUCGAAAAAUGAUUUACAAUGUUCAGACAUUUAUUCAGCUUUUAAAUGUGGCUUUCUUAAUCAUUAUGAUUUAUAUAAAAAGUCAAGGUCAUGCUUCAUACUGAGCAAUAUAUACCUGAAGUGAAAAAUGAAUAAUUUCAACAGCUUGCACGACAAAUGACAAAUUCAGGCGUAUCAAUAAAUGAGAUCAUAUCAAUAUUUAUAAAAUGUUGGAAUCUUUUAUAAUGUAAUGCAAAUAAAAUAUAAAAAAGGGGCAUCUGACAUCAUAAUACCAAUAUAUAUGGCAAAGCAUUUAUUUGAUAAUUAGCUGAACAAAUGAGGUUGUAAAGGGACCAUUUCAAAAGUUAAUUCUUUCAAAUGUCUCUGUGUUUGAUUGUGAGAAAACCUUUUUGUACAAAUAAUCGGCUGUGAGAAACAAAAACUAAUUAAUAAUUAAGUCAAAUAUAAAAAAUUAAUAGAAAUGUUGAAAGAGUGGGUUUGUGUAAAUUAUGUGAAAGCUUUUGAUAUACUUGUGUAUACAAUGCCUCCUCUGUUUAUUGUUAAUAAAAUGUAUAUUGUUUGCAUGAUUACCUAAGGGGCUUACAAAGGAGAAUGAAAGUUGUUAGAGUAGCUGAUAGGUUUUUUAUAAAACCAAACAUUUGAUUUACUAAUUUUAAAGUCCUUUGAGUCCCUUCAUGGUAAAUUUAUAUAGUGCUCAAAAUCUAGUCAGUAUUUAGCUAGGAUCUCAAUGAAUAGAGAAAGAACUUUAAUGAUAGGCUUCCAAGUACAAUGUAAUUAUAUAAGGAGUAAGUUAAUAUAUAGUACUGCUGGUAAAAUUUGGAGAUUUUUUUAUAUAGACAGUGUUAAAAAGUUCUAUGUACUUGAUGGAUAUAAAAUAUUAUUUAACUGUUUAAAUGCCUAUUGUUUAGUCUCCUAAAACAGAGAUCUUACGUGAUACAGUACAAAUUACUGUCUCAUAAAUUUUGAUAAGCAAAUGAACUUUAAGAUGUCUUUCUCAAAGGAUUAUAAGUUGAUUAGUUGGAUGAAAACUUUUUUAUAUGGAAGGAAUUUAUAUUGUAAAGCUUUGUAUAUGGGCUUAAGAUGUUAUAGUAUAGGUUUUGGUUUUAUUUUAGACAGCAAAGGAAUGUAGAUAAAGUGCAGAUUCAGUAAAAAUAAUUAUAUUCUAUUUCUGAUGAAAACAUUUUUCUAGUGAGAGACACUGGUUAUGUCUUAAACCUUUAAAAUUGAUAUAACUUAAUCGGUAAAACAAAAACCAAAAAAAUGAGGUUUGCAUGUGUUUAUAAUUAAUAGCUUUAUAGUUUAGGCUAUCCUGAAUUAUUUAUCUAUAGGAAAAAAAUUAGUAACAGCAUGCCAAUCCUUUCAGACUAGUCUGCUAAAAUUAAAUGUUUCAAAGUUAAUCUAUUCAGAACAGCUCUUCAAAGUUAACUACAAUCAAAUGUACAAUGGGAGAUAACCCAAUAAAUUUUGAGUGGUGAGGGAAGUUCUCAAAAUGUUUUGUAUUUGUGUUUGUGUUGUGCAAAAAAAAAAAGGGUAAAUUAAAAUCACUUUUUUAGAUAGUAAAAACAUAUAACUUAGAAAGGGUUUGUGUCAAGUGUUUAUAUUAAUUAUAUAAAUUUGUAUUCUAUACCAUUUGAUUUCUAUGCAUUUUUAAUUUGCCAUUGUUUUUUUUAUAUAUUUUCAAAGAUGAAAGAUUUAUACACAUGUUAAACCAUUUAUUCAAAUUAUAAGCUGUCUUUAUGCAUACCACUGUAUUUCUAAUGCCAAGCCAUUAUUUUCAUUCCGUUCUGUUUUUGUGUGUUUAUUGCCUAUUGCAUUGUUGUACAUGUUUAAUAUUCUAUGUGAACAACAAAUAAUGGCCAAACAUUAAAUGUGCCUAAAGAUAAAA